AGGUGUUCCAAUACAAGUCUGUCAGCUUCCUGAUCCCCAGCCAGCGCACUCAUGGCUUUAUAGUCCUCCCCAUCUUUUGGCCGAACCCGGAGAAGUCGGACGAGCUGUAGGGUGGGAACUAGGAAGGGCGAUCCGGGCAACCGCGGCGGGGUGGAUAGCCGGUACAUCCUCUCGGGAUUACGUUAUCUCGCUGAGAGCUGAAAGGCCGAGUGCUGUUGAAUAAGAUCGAAAGUGAACCCGCUCCUGGCUCUCUUGGUCACUACCAGGCUUUUACUUUUAUCGAUGCUGCACAGCAUGUGAGGGUUCCGGCAUAGCAUGUUCCGUAUAAAUAAAAAAAUAUAUAUCUGGUGCGUCCACUGACACGACAUGCUUACCGAUUUCAGAUAAAUAAAAGCACCUUUGAAUAUGUCCAUUUGCUUUAGGAAAUGGACCUUUAAAAAAAUGCUUUAGGAGAGAUUAAUAAUAUGAAACAUAAAUAUUAAAAUAAUAUGAGCAGUACUAAAUUAUAGAAAUAGUAUUAUUUAAUUAUUAUGCCGACGUUUCGACCCACCUUGCAGGUCUUCAUCAGAGCUACAAAAGGUACAAAAUAUAAAAGGUACAUAGUGAAAAUAAAAUAAAUGAAUUAUAAGUAGCUGUUACAUAAGAAAUGUUGUCUGAUAAAGAAAUAAUAAGAUGAAAUCAGAAAUAUAGCGGGUGACAAUGUAGUUAAAAUAUCAAGAAUUAUAUAUAUAUAGAAGAUACAAACAUAAAUAGAAAAUAAGUAUGAAUAAAAAUAGAAAACAAAGGAGAAUAUAGUAAAUAAGUUAAAACUAAAUAGAUUGUGAUAAAAGAUAAGAAAUGAGUGUAUAACAAACUAAUAAAGAUUACAUUUGAUAACUGUAGGUUAACAAAUAAAGAAAAUGAAUAUAAAC